CUUACGGUUAUCUCAUGCUGUUGCUGUAUAUUUCGACUGCAGGGGUCAUUCAUAUGCGUUUAUUUGUUGUUGGUCCACUCAGCCGCUGCGCGCUCCUCCGCUUCACAGAGCUGCUGCUGCUGUUCUGCGUCGCGCAUCUCCGGACGGAAAACUAAAGAGAAGCAGAUAUGCUGAUACACUUCCUUACGGUACAGUGAAGAUUUUAUUUCUCUGGAAGGGCUCAGUUGUACUCCUGGACUUAAGCGAAAAGCCCGUUGUGAGGGACUUAUUUCGGAGUUUGCUGUUGGUGCGCUUUUUGCGUUACCGGAUUUUUAAUGAAUUAGUUUAGAGAACUGGUGGAGGGUUUUGCAUGUUUUGAAGGAAUCUCUUGAAGAAAUCUCCACUGCGGAACGGCUGCUGAUGAAGAAGUGAAGCGGGAUUUGGUGAUUAUUCCCGAUUUUCUUGGAUUUUAUUGUGGAGAUUUUCCAACUCAUCCAUCCGCAGCUUCUUCCUAGUUGCCAUCACCUUCUGUGCGGGGACAAUGUUGAUGAAGGAGUACCGCAUCUGCAUGCCUCUGACAGUAGAGGAGUACCGUAUCGGCCAGCUGUACAUGAUCAGCAAGCACAGCCAUGAACAGAGUGAACGUGGUGAGGGUGUGGAGGUGGUGCAGAAUGAGCCCUAUGAGGAUCCAGAACACGGAUCAGGCCAGUUCACAGAAAAACGGAUCUAUCUCAAUAACAAGCUGCCCAGCUGGGCCAGAGCAGUGGUACCUAAAAUUUUCUACGUCACAGAGAAGGCUUGGAACUAUUACCCAUACACUAUCACAGAGUACACGUGCUCCUUCCUGCCCAAGUUUUCCAUCCACAUAGAGAGCAAAUAUGAGGACAACAAAGGAAACAAUGAUAAUAUCUUUGGAAGUGAGCCCAAAGAGAAAGAAACAGAGUUGUGUUUUGUGGACAUUGCCUACGAUGACAUUCCUGAGCGCCACUACAAAGAAUCAGAGGACCUUCGACAUUUUAAGUCAAAGAAGACCGACAGAGGGAGUCUGCAGGAAGGAUGGAUCAGCACCCAGGACCCCAUCAUGUGCUCGUACAAACUGGUUACAGUUAAGUUUGAAGUGUGGGGACUGCAAACACGUGUGGAACAGUUUGUGCAUAAGGUGAUACGAGAUGUCCUGCUUCUAGGACACAGGCAGGCCUUUGCGUGGGUGGAUGAAUGGGUUGAUAUGACCAUGGAGGAGGUGAGGGAGUAUGAACGUGCCACUCAGGAAGCUACCAAUUUAAAAAUUGGCACCUUCCCCCCAGCCAUCUCUAUCUCAGAGACCCCACUGCCGUCCAGCACCCGCAGCGGCCCCAACAGUGCCCCGUCCACUCCCCUCUCCACUGAAGCUCCAGACUUUCUGUCUGUGCCCAAAGAGCGGCCCAGAAAAAAGUCCGCUCCGGAGACCUUGACCCUGCCUGAUCCUGGCCGCAGGGAUUCACUCUUCAAGCUGCCAAGUUUUUUCUCCUGGAACUCCAGUCCACAGCCCGAAUGAGAGUAGGGCCUUGACCUCAACCUGUGGAUCAGUAGAGGAUGCCUGCUUUGCACAUCCAACAAAGCCCCCACUCCCCAUGGCCAGUUUAAGCGACGGAGGCUUUUCACAGAUCUGGACAUCACUGCCCCCUCAGUAGAAUUGCCAGUGUCACAGCUCUCAGAAAGUCUUUACAGGUAGACAGUUCGCCCCCUCCAAAAACCUCGGUCCUGUGAAGUGUAAAAGCAAAGUUUGUUCCAACAAGAACACAGAAAAGCAGCUGCAGAGUCUCCAUUCACAUCUUAGAUUUAGAAGAACACCUGUCCCAGUUUGCAGGGUCUUGAUAAGAUAUUUAGAGUUUCAGUCAGUACAUAUAAACUUAACAUGUACAGAAUUUGAUUUUUGCUGUUUCACAUUCUCACAUCUCUGACUUUUGUAACCUGGAGCCUUUUAUUCAGUGUUUGUGUUUAUGCAGUGGAAAAGGUUUUGACCGAUUUUGUUGAACAAUGUGACAGUUAAGUGAUCGAGUAAUCUUGUAUAUACUGUAUGAACAUGAAUUACUCAAAACAAUGUCAGCACUUAAAAAAGAUUUUAACCUGUGACAAAGCUGCCAUGUCUUCUGUUGUGUAGUUUGACAGACUGUUUUGUUGGUGUGCAUUUAUAGUGACUUACCUCUGCCAUAUUAUUUUCUCCUGGUGCCAUAAUUUGACAUUGAGCUGUCUUUAAAAUAUUUGUCAAUGGAUUGAUUUGUCAUACUGGGUGUGUUUUAACCAAGGUUUUAUUAAGUGCUAAUGUGAUGUUAUUUAGCUGCUAUAUGCAUUCUGUUCAUUUUCAAGUAAAAAUAAGUUUUGUAUGCAGUAAAUCAAAUUAAAUUAUAUCCAAAACUAGUAGUUUUAACUGUAAGGAGUCUUUAUUAAUGAGUAAAUACCUCCAAGCUGACUUACAGAUUACAAUGUCUAGCAAAGAUAUUUAUACACCUAUUGUUCAUAUUGUAUAUGUAUGCACACAUCUGGAAAGCAUAGCAUGCAUUGUAUUACCCAAUUACUCUGAUACCCCUAAAUAAAGCCCAGAUACUUUGAAAAGACA